AUGAGUCUGGUGAAUCUAAAAGACAAAGAUUUUGAUAAGCAACAUAUAUGGCAUCCAUAUUCGUCUAUGACAAAACCACUUCCAUGUUAUCAUGUGAAAUCAGCUUCGGGUGUUCGCCUACACCUUGACACGGGUCAAUCAUUGAUCGAUGGAAUGUCUUCAUGGUGGUGUGCAAUUCAUGGAUACAACCACAAAGAUUUGAAUGAUGCCUUGAUAAAGCAAGUAAACAUCAUGUCACAUGUGAUGUUUGGUGGCAUUACUCAUGACCCGGCAAUUCAAUUGUGCAGACUUUUGGUUGAAUUGACUAACCCCAAGUUGGAAUGUGUCUUUUUGUGUGAUAGUGGGUCUGUUUCGGUUGAAGUAGCCUUGAAGCAGGCCAUUCAAUAUUGGGAUUCUAAAGAACAACCCGAAAAGAAAAAGUUCUUGAGUAUCAAGAGAGGUUACCAUGGUGACACAUUUGGAGCAAUGUUUGUAAGUGAUCCACAGAAUUCAAUGCAUUCCAUUUACACCAGCUAUGGUCCAGAUAAUAUAUUUGCUGAAGCUCCACAAGUAGGAUUUGGUGAUGAAUGGGAUGAGACUGAUAUUGAAGACUUUAAGCAAAAAAUCAAGAAACAUCAUAAGAUUAUCGCAGCCGUUAUCUUAGAACCUGUUCUUCAAGGGGCAGGAGGGAUGCGUACGUAUCAUCCUCAGUAUUUGAAAAGAGUACGUGAACUUUGUGAUAAGUACAAUGUUUUGCUCGUGUUAGACGAGAUAGCCACUGGCUUUGGAAGAACAGGCAAACUUUUUGCCCAGGAACAUGCUGGUAUCUGUCCUGAUAUCAUGUGUGUUGGGAAAGCUAUAACCGGAGGAUACUUGACCUUGGCUGCGGUCAUUUCAACAAGAAAUGUCGCAAAUGUCAUCAGUGGUGGACGAACCGGUUGUUUCAUGCACGGACCAACAUUUAUGGCAAAUCCAGCAGCUUGUGCUGUAAGUGUUCGGAAUUUAGAGAUUAUCAAAACUGGAGCCUGGGAAACUCAGGUCCAUAACAUCGAAAAGAUAUUACAAAAGAAGUUCAAACCAUUAAUGGAAUCAGGUCACAGAAAGAUUAAAGAGAUCCGUGUACUUGGUGCGGUAGGCGUGAUUGAAAUGAACAAUCAAAUCGAUGUUGCUUUGUAUCAAAAGAGUUUUGUCGAUUUAGGUGUUUGGGUUCGCCCUUUUGGAAAAUUGUUGUAUAUAAUGCCGCCAUAUAUCAUUAGUGAAGAGGAUUUGAAUCACCUUGUUGACUCUUUGAUAAGUGUUGCUACAGAUGACUCUCUUCCCUAA